AAGAAGGAAUGACCGGGUGUAAACAUGGCGUCUGCCUUGGACGAUGAUGAGAUCGGCAGUGAUGACUAUUAUUCCCUGCUGAAUGUCAGAAGAGAGGCCACACAGGAUGAACUGAAGGCAGCAUACAGACGACUAUGCAUGCUCUAUCACCCAGACAAACACCGGGACCCUGAGCUCAAGCGGCAAGCUGAACAGCUUUUCAACCUCGUGCAUGAAGCUUAUGAAGUGCUCAGAGAUCCACAGUCACGAGCUAUUUAUGAUAUCUACGGCAAGCGGGGACUCGAUGUUGAAGGAUGGGAGGUGGUGGAAAGGAAAAGAACCCCUGCAGAGAUCCGAGAGGAAUAUGAGCGUCUUCAGAUAGAGCGCGAGGAGAGGAGGCUCCAACAAAGGACCAAUCCAAAGGGAACGAUUAGUGUGGGCAUUGAUGCCACGGACCUCUUUGACAGAUAUGAGGAAGACUUUGAGGACAUGGUUGGAGGAGGAGUCCCUCAUGUGGAAAUCAACAGGAUGCAUAUAUCACAAUCCAUAGAGGCUCCUCUCACUGCAAAAGACACGGCGGUUUUGUCUGGCUCCUUAUCAACGCACAAUGGAAAUGGAGGUGGCACCAUUAACUUGGCCUUGAGAAGAGUCACCUCAGCGAAAGGGUGGGGAGAGGUAGAGUUAGGUGCUGGAGACACCCAUGGGCCUCUCUUAGGAAUGAAGAUCUUCCGUAACUUGACACCGAGAUGCUUUGUGACAGCUCAGUGUGGGCUCCAGUUUUCAUCCCGAGGCGUGCGUCCCGGCUUCACCACGGUUCUGGCCCGCCAUCUAGACAAGAACACUAUGGGCUAUCUGCAGUGGCGAUGGGGCGUCCAGUCCUCUAUGAACACCAGCGUAGUCAGGGACACCAAGAGCAGCCAUUUCACGUUCGCACUGCAGCUUGGCGUUCCUCACACUUUUAUGAUGAUGAGCUACCAGUACAAGUUCCAGGACGAAGAUCAGACAAAAAUAAAGGGCUCAGUAAAAUCAGGUUUCUUUGGGACGGUGGUGGAGUACGGUGCUGAGAGGAAGAUCAGUCGACACAGCGUCCUUGGGGCCACCGUCAGCGUGGGAGUACCCCAAGGUGUCUCCCUCAAGAUCAAACUAAACAGAGCCAGCCAGACAUAUCUCUUCCCGAUUCACCUGACUGACCAGCUCCUGCCAAGUGCUGUAUUUUAUGCCACAGUUGGACCAUUGGUUUUCUACCUCGCCAUGCAGCAGCUUAUUAUCCGGCCCUACUUGCAGUCCCAGAAGGAACAAGAGUUGGAGAAGCAGCAGGAGAGCUCGGCCUCUAAUAUCGCCAAGAAGAAACAGGAGGCAGAGUCGAGUGUCUUGCUAAUGCAGGAGUCUGUGCGCCGGAUUAUUGAAGCUGAGGAGUCUAGAAUGGGUCUCAUCAUCCUCAACGCCUGGUACGGCAAGUUUGUUACGGACAACAGUCGGAAACACGAGCGGGCGAAGGUCAUUGACGUAACCGUGCCACUGCAGUGUCUGGUCAAAGACUCAAAACUCAUCCUCACUGAGGCCACAAAGUCUGGACUCCCUGGCUUCUACGACCCCUGUGUGGGGGAGGAGAAGAGCCUGAAGGUGCUGUAUCAGUUCCGUGGAGUCAUGCAUCAAGUCUUGUCAGGAGACGCAGAACCACUCAGGAUACCAAAGCAAUCUCACAGGAUUGACGCCGACACAUAGAUACUCCUCCGCUGACCAAAUCAAGUCACCAUUCAGCUGUUUGUCAGAAGAAGGAUCAACGUGUUUUAGAUACAACGUGGAUUUAAGUCCUUGUUACUCAGAAAUUGUGCAUUUAUCUCUUCUUUUUCUUUUUUUUUUGUCUUUAUAGUCAUUUAAAUAUGCAGAGCGCAGUAAAACAGUCACAAACUGGGGUGAUCAUAAUUCAGUAUCCACAGACAGAGUUGUGGCCUGCUUGAAAUUCUAAUGUGACACCAAAAUCGGUGGCUAAAACAACCUUCUGCUUCCGAGGUUGUCGAGCCUCUUUGGUGUCCGUUUAUUUUUUGGUAUGGCUUGUAAUUUAUGAUCUUUGAAGUUCUAUGUACUGCUUUGUACAUAAACUGCAGUGCCUAUGUGAUUGAAGAUAUGAAUGCACCUCUGUUUGUUUGCCAUAUUAUUAAAGACAAGUAUCUCUCAUUUUA